CCUCCUUCCCUCCUCUGCUUCGCUUCGUCUUCUUCCUCUCUCUCUCUCUCUCUCUCUCUAAAACCCCCCAAAUACUUCUCAUUCCCAGCUCUGCUUCCGCGUUUGGCACACUUAAGGGUUUCUGCUGUACCAAUCUUGUGAUGUAGCUGAUGCUUGAUCUGAUAAGGGUGUUUAGAAUUUCUCACAUUCUUGGUGAUUGAAAGUUUAACUGUGUUGGCUUUGAUUGGAGCAUAGAAUAGUGAGAAAUGGAAAUGAAGUAGGGGGGAUUUUAGUUUUGAAAGGUAGCUGGGUGUUUGCAGUGAGAAUUUCAGCUGGGAAUGGUGGAUAGUGAGGAUGUUGCGGCUACUUCUCGGGCUCCUGUCCCGCUUUCCAGCUCCCGGAAAAUGUUCUGGCGAUCGGCUUCGUGGUCUGCUUCCAGGACCGCUGCGCACAACCCUGAGGGUGAGGAGAAGGACCUGUUGGAUCCAAAUGCGGCUGCAGGGAACAGUAACGGGCAGAGUCACCGAAGGUUUCCUGUUCCACUGACGCCGCGAUCUCAGCAGAGUAGCAAGGCGAGGUCUGGUUUGCCACCGUUGCAGUUGCCUAUUGCUAGGCGGAGUUUGGAUGAGUGGCCCAAGGCAGGCUCGGAUGAUAUUGGUGAGUGGCCGCAGCCUCCUACUCCGAGUGGGAGAGGAGGUGGGGAGAGGUUGAAACUUGAUUUGUCAACCAUUCAGAACAACCCGGCUAAGAAUGGUGGGCUUGUGAGGAGAGAUAAGAUUGCUUUCUUUGAUAAGGAGUGUUCGAAAGUGGCUCAACACAUUUAUCUUGGUGGGGAUGCUGUUGCGAAGGACAGAGACAUUCUUAAGCAGAAUGGGAUAACCCAUGUUCUGAACUGCGUGGGUUUUGUUUGUCCCGAGUAUUUCAAGGCUGAUUUUGUGUAUAGAACUUUAUGGCUGCAGGAUAGUCCUACGGAGGAUAUUACUAGUAUUCUAUAUGAUGUUUUUGAUUACUUUGAAGAUGUUAGAGAACAAGGUGGAAGGGUUUUUGUUCAUUGUUGUCAAGGGGUGUCUCGGUCCACAUCGUUGGUGAUUGCUUAUCUUAUGUGGAGGGAAGGACAAAGUUUUGAUGAUGCAUUUCAGUAUGUGAAAGCUGCUAGAGGUAUUGCCGAUCCAAAUAUGGGCUUUGCUUGUCAGUUAUUACAGUGUCAGAAAAGAGUUAAUGCUUUCCCGCUUAGCCCAAGUUCACUAUUGAGGAUAUACAGAAUCGCUCCACAUUCACCAUAUGAUCCAUUGCAUCUCGUGCCCAAAAUGCUGAAUAGUCCCUCACCUUCUGCUCUGGAUUCUAGAGGUGCUUUUAUUGUUCAUAUACCAUCUGCAAUCUAUCUUUGGAUUGGUAGGAAUUGUGAGCUUAUCAUGGAAAGGGAUGCAAGAGGGGCUGUUUGUCAGAUUGUUCGGUAUGAGAGAGUGCAAGGCCCAAUAACAGUAAUCAAGGAAGGGGAAGAGCCUGCUUACUUUUGGGAUGCUUUCUCAAGCCUUUUACCCUUGAUGGAGAAAUCUGUCAAUGGUGUAGAGGUUGGGGAGUCAAAAGAUAAGAUUCGCCCGGGUGAAAGGAAGUCAGACUCAUAUAAUAUUGAUUUCGAAAUUUUCCAGAAAGCUAUUAUGGGAGGUUUUGUACCUCCAUUUGCAUCCUCAGAAAAUGAACAUGAAACUCAUCUUCCUGCUAGAGAGAGCAGCUGGAGUGCACUCAGGCGUAAGUUUGCCUCAGGAAACAUGAAGGAGUUUGUCUCAGCACCCCGGUUAUCUCUCACCAGGGUCUAUUCAGAUUCCAUGAUGUUUCUUCAGUCCGCUAAAAGUUCUAUAUCACCUUCAUCAGCACACUCUUCAUCCUCAUCAUCAUCUUCUUUCUCACCACCAUAUCUGUCACCAGAUUCCAUCUCUUCUGAUUCAAGCACUAGUUCAAAGUACUUUUCCGAAUCCUCUCUGGAUUCUCCAUGUGCGGGAUCCCGUUCCCUUCCGGUCUCAUCAACAUUGACAAAUUGCUCUGACUUGUCUCUCCACUCCUGUAGAUCUUCUAAUCGACCCAUGUCUAACAGUCCAGAAAAAGUUGUUUCCAAUUUAAGUUCACAGGCAAGUUCUCGGUCAACCCCAAUACCUUCUAAAAAGUUGUCAUCCUCACUCGCCGAGCGUAGAGGCAGCUUGUCAAAAUCUCUCAAGUUACCUAUGAUGAGUUUGAAUACUUCCUCAAAAUCUAUUCCUAGUGAAGAAGAUGGUGUUGGAAUAACAGAUAGUGCUAGUUCUGUACAUGGCAAGAACAAUGUUGGCAAUGUCUUAGAGUCGAUGGUUGGUGUUGAAAGUGGCUGGGAUGGUUCAACACCACAAUGCAACAUAGUGCUGGGUAAGGCAGAUAGUAUCGACUCAUGCCAAAGGGAAGAUUCUCUUAUCAAACACAGUCCUGAACCUUGGAGAAAUUCCCUUCCUGGAGAAGCUGCAGAAUCCUCUGCCUCAAAUAAGAUGGGGGCAAGUUGUACUGUGCGAUCUAAUUCAAUGCAACCUUUUGUAUGCUGCUGGCCCAGUUUAGAGAAGAUGGCAACAUUUGGUGUGAGUGAACUAGAUUCUAAAGCUGUGUUUGCUAUUUUCUCACCAAAUAGAGACUCAAGUAAAAGUGAAGGCAUGAUUUUGUAUCUAUGGGUAGGAAGGUUCUUUGACAAUGGUAAUAAUCAGAUUCAAUUAGAAAGUGACAAAACCAGAAGUGAUAAAGAAGACAUUGACUGGCACCAAGUUGGUUCUGAUGUUCUCAUCCAGACAGGUCUGCCAAAGGACACAAUCAUUAAGAUUGUUAAAGAAAAUGAAGAACCGGUGGAAUUUUUUGCGUUAUUGAGUCCGUUGUAGCGCCAAUGCAAAAAUCAUAAUUUUCUUGUACAUUCAAUCAUAUGAGGAUCAAAUCCUGACUGCCUCUUCUGGCCAAGCAAUUUACAUUGAACUUUCCAUA